AUGUGCUUUUCGACCGAAGACCCGGCGACCUCGAUCGAUGUGACGCCGGACGGCCAGUGUAUCAUCAUCGCCUUCUCCAACGGCUCGGUGCGCCUCUUUGAUAUCAACAGCUCGUGCACGGAAGAGCGGUAUGGCUAUCUUCUCGGACACCUCGACGAAGAGCUCAACCAGCAAAUGACGCCGGCGACGGUCCGGCUCAAGGUGACGCCGGACGGGUCCUACUGUUUCGUGGGCUGUCGCGGCACGUCGCCCAAGACCGUCAUGGCCAUCCACUUGGACCGCUUCCGCCACCACAAGAGCAGCGAAGACGAGACCAAUUUGCUCAAAUUCUUCUUCAGCGACGCCAAGUUGCGGGGCUUUGCGGAUGCAUCCGACAAUACGGCCACGGACCCGCAGAAGAAAUCGUACUUUCUACUCUUUGGCCUCGGCGUGCAAAAUUUCCGGCUCUGGAAGUUUGAACAGGCCGAGAACCGCCGGCCCAUGUGGACGUACCUUCGCCAGUUCAACUCUGCGAGCAACACGGCCAUGCACGCAGCCUUCUUCUCUGCGUCGUCGGCCGGCCUCUCGUUUGCUGGCGUCGGCCUGGACAGCAACCUCCGCAUCUUUACGUUCACAACCGACUCGGCGCUCAUCGAGGGCGGCGAGACAAGCCAAGUUGUGGUCCCCAACACCAAGGACAUUACGUACAUCAAGGGCCAGUACGCGUACGGCUACACCAACGUGGGUGGCUUUUACCGCCACUCGCUCCUCGAACCAUCGGCGCCGCGGCAAGAGUUUUUGCUCAACGUGGAUGCGUCCAACGCGCGGUCCCGCGGCGCGGGCAUCGUCGACCACAUUUACGCGACCGAGAAUGGCAACCACGUCUUGGCGCUGGCCGAUGGCACCGUCUACUACUGCAACCCGUCCGUGUCCAUGUCGCUGCACAUGAUCGGAUCCACGAUUGCACCGGGCUUGGUCCAAAAAUAUGGGAUUCCCGCGGCCAUCUACGUGCCGAUGACGGCCCAGUCGAUCCAAGAGCCGGUGGUUGCGGUCACGUCCAACUGCGAAGACGACCGCGACGGCUUCUUCACCGUGGAUCCGGUCAAGAAGCUCGAACGCGCGCUCGAGCGCGGAAAACCAUCCAUCGGACUCACGUGCUGGGUGUGCCAAAGCCACACGUCGCUGCAUUGGGGCGUCAAGAAUAAAGCCAUCAAGCAAGAGACAAGCAGCAAGGGCGGCAGUAGCAGUAGCACGAACAACAACGUCACGCCGCCGAAAGCACCGACGCCGCGCCCGCCGAAACCCGCGGCGACGUCGACGGCGUCGGCUGCACCGAGCCGCCACGAGCUCGCGACGACCGUCUCGACGCUGACCAAAGAGCUCGCCAACGCCCAGAAGCGAGUGACGCAAGUGAAGAACGAAGCUGACCGCCGCCUCCGCGCCGAGCUCCAGCUGCGCCGGACGUGGAAGGCGCAGACACUCGAGUACGAAGAGAAAAUCGACAAAGCGCAAACCGCUGCCGACGUGAGCCACGCCAAGGUGACGGCGCUGCGUCAAAAGCUCGCCGAAGUCGAAGCCAAGGUCGCGCACGAGGCGCUGCGGGCAGAACAAGAGGCAGGUGUCCGGCUGCAGUACGAGCAGCUCUGCGUGCAAGUCAAGGCCAAGAUCGCCCAGGCCGAAGCGCAGCAAAAGGUCCUCGAGCAAACGACCAAGACGCUGAUCCGCGAGAUCGACCGCAACGUCCAGUCGCUCAAGGCGGACACGGCCGAGACGGUCGCGGCCAUGGGCAGCGCAAGCCACGGACCCGAAUGCGUCAUUUGCCGCGACAAGACAGCGAACAUGGCCGUAUAUCCCUGCGGCCACCUCUGCUUUUGCCAAGAGGAUGGCGAGCGCUACCAGGCGCACGCGAUCCACUCCAAGAACUGCCCCGUGUGCCAAGUCGAAGUCAUUUCGCUCCUCCGCGUCUACGCCCCUUGA